AAACAAGGAAUACGCGAAUAAAAGCAUUAAUUCAAUGAAUUUAUGUAAUUCAAGUGUUUUUUGUGUUUCUUGUUGCAUUAGUUAUAGGUACGCGGCAUGCGCGCAAAAUGAAAAUACUGUGAAAGUGGCGUUAGAUGUACUUCCGACACUUCCAUGUCCGUGGCGGUCACAACAACAACAAAAGCAAAGCAGAAGAAAAGUGAAAUUUCAGAAAAGAACUUGCCGCUCGACAGUCACAUGCCAAAACAAUGGAAAAUUUAAAGAUUAGCGAAAAGCUUUUUGAAGAUGUAAUUUAUUUUGUACUUGGCGGCUUGGAUGAUGAGAGCGAGAGAUUUCUAAAGAAUGGUGGUGCACAAUCAAAGUUAUUCCUGUCCGAUCAGAUAACGCAUCUAAUAUGUGCCACCAACUAUUCCGACGAGGAGCUUUCAAUGAACUUGGAUCUAUACAACGUAAUACCCGUUACUGAGCAAUGGAUUCAGCACAGCGCCAAAUUGGGUCGCAUGGCCGCCACACGAGCCUUUGAUCCCAGCCAGCCACGCUUCCUACGUGGCAUACGCGCUGCCAUUACCAAUGUGGUGGCCAGCGAUCGUAGACGUCUCUAUGCCAUGCUGACUUUUCACGGGGCCGUUGUUACUCACAGCUUUGGUGCCACCAAUACGCAUCUGGUAAGUGGCGCUGCCACCGGCAGCAUUUACAACAAAGCGCUGGCGCUCCCGAAAAACGCUAUAAACAUUGUCACGCCAGAUUGGGUGACCGACUGCCUGAAAUGUAAAAACUGCCUACCAUGUGAGCCUUAUCAUCCACGUUUGCUGAAACCCAUUGAAAAACAACGCACACAGAAGCAGCAGCAACAAAAUCUGCAACAGCAGCAGAUGCAACAGCAGUUAGUACAGCAGCAACAAUUAGUGCAACAGCAAUUGGCACAGCAUCAGCAACCGCAACAAACAUCGCCUUCACAACUUCCAGAUAUGUUGAGCUAUGGGGAUGACAACGCUGCCAAGAGCAUUGCUAACAUCAAGUCGCAGCUACAAGCGUCUGCAGAACGUGCUGCUGCUGAGCAGCAACAACAGCAGCAGCAAAUGCAAAUACAACAACAACUCCCACAACCUGCGCAACAACAAGUUGUGUUUGUUCGUCCCCGAAACAUGCAGCAACAACAGCAGCCGCAAUUGCAGCAAGGUGCUCCGCUGCAAGUCCCACCACCGCCCCCUCCACAACAGCAGCAACAGCAAAUUAUAAUACAGCAGCAGAAAAUCAUACCAGCCAACAUGCAGCAGCAACAACAGCAACAAAUUAAAAAUAUUUUGCAGCAUCAGCGACAAAUGAAAAACUCACAGCAGCAACAACAACAGCAGCAGCAGCAAAUACAAUUUAUGCAACAAACAGAGCAGCAGCAGCUACAACAGCAGCAAAUGUUGCUUCAACAACAGCAACAACAGUCACCGCGUCUGCCCACCACGCCUACCAUGACACAGCCGCCUACGCCACCUGGUCGACAAACUCCGCGUACGCCACUACCUGCAACAACAGCACAACCCAUACAAUCACCCCAACAACAAAUACCGCAACAGUCGCAGCCCGUACCUGUGUCGCCGCAAAUGUUGCAUCAGCAGAUUAUGCGCCAGCAGCAAAUAUUGCAACAACAACUGAUGCAGUUGCAGCACAUUCAAAAUGGUCAGAGCCUGACACCGCAACAACAGGCGCAGCAGCGACAAAUCCAACAGCAACAGCAACAAUUGCUUCAUCAACAGCAGCAAUUACAAAUGCAAAUGCAACAGCAACAGCAGCAACCGCUACAGCAGCAACAACAGUCACCACGUCUUGUACAAAAUCGUUCACCAGUUAUGCCUCCCAGUACGCCAUCUCCUUCAUUGCAGCAGCAACAACAUAUUGGCGGAGUAAUCAGCAACAUGCUACCACCGCAAUCGCCACGACAGCUUCAAUCACCAGCUCCGCAGAUGACGCCGCCUCCACCGCCAUCACCCCAAAGUGCACAGCAACAUAUGCGACAACAGCAGCAGCAGCAACAACAACAACAAUUGCAACAGAGUCGUCAGCAACAGCAUAUGCUGGGCUCACCGCAACAACAGCCAACGUCAACGAAUAUGAUGUCACCACAACAACAGCCUUUUCAACAGCCUGUGCAUCAGCAACAACGUAUGCAACUGCAGCAGCAACAGCAAUUGGCACAGCAGCAACAACAACAGCAGAGCCCGCAACAUGUUUCCGCACCACAAUCGCCGCAGAUAUCUCAGACGCCGCCAAUGCCAACUAAACCACAUCCACCACAGCAAACUCCGCAACAGGCGCAGCAGCAACAGCAAUCGUUUGCUCAGCCUAUCGAUCCUACGGAUCCAGUGCAAGUGGCACAAGUGCUUAGCCGUUCCACCCUGAGUAGUAAUCAAGACUCACUUAUAAUGCGUCAACAGCAGCUGAAGCAGCAGCAGAUGCAACAACAACAAUUGCAGCAGCAGCAACAACAGCAACAUAUACAACAACAACAGCAGCAGCAAUCAAUGACACCACAGCAACACACACCGUCACCGCGCCAAUCACCAUUGCAUCCACAGCAACAACAGGCUACACCACCAACACAGCAACCAGCCGAGCGUCCCAUGCAACAACAGCAUCUGCAAUCUCCACAGCAGCAAGCACAGGUUCAACAGCAAUUGCCAGGUGGACAAACACAGCUGCAGCAGCAACUACCAGGUGGAGCGCCACAACUGCAGCAGCAAUUACCAGGUGGAGCGCCACAGCUGCAGCAGCAAUUGCCUGGUGGUCAACAACAGCAACAGGUCAUCACACAGCGACAUGUGAUCAACACGUCAACGGCACAGGGGCAGCAAAUAAUACAAAGUCACAUGAUGAGUAUACAGCAACAAAAGCAACAGCAAAUGCUGCAGCUACAACAGCAGCAACAACAACAACAGCAGCAGCAGUUGCCACAACACCAGCAGCAGCAGCAAUUGAUGCCACAGCAGCAGCAGCAACAAUUGCCACAACAACAGCAAUUACCACAACAACAAAUACAGCAACAGCAGAUGCCGCCGCAACAAUUACCUCAACAACAGCAGCAAGUACAGUUUACACAGCAACAGAAUAUUGCACUUGGUACUGGUGGACAAGUACGCAUUAUACAGCAAACUAUACAACUGCCACAGCAACAACAGCAGCUGCUAGGCCAACAGUUUGCACAACAACAGCCACAACAGCAACAAAUUUUAAAUCAGCAGACACAACACGCACUCCCUCAACAGCCGCAAGCAAUGCAAACCAAAAAAUUUAUCAUAAGUCAGCAGCAAUUCAGUCAACUAAGUGUACAACAGCAGCAGCAAAUUCUUGCACAAAAUCAACAAAACCAAAAUGUGUUUAUUGUCAAUCAGACAAAUUUAUCGCAGCAGCAACAGCAGCAGCAGAAGCAACUAGCACAGCAAAGGCAAAUGCUGCAACAGCAACAACAGCAGCAGCAACAACAACAGCAACCGCAGCAAAUUCCACAAAAUCAAAUUAUCAUGCAACAGCAACAAUCACCCCAACAACAGGGAUCACAAAUGCAACAACAGCUGUUGACACAGCAGCAGCAACAACAACGUUUACAAAUUCAGCAACAACAGCAACAGGCGCCACCACAACAGCAGCAAAUUGUUAUAAACCAACAACAGCAACAAAUACUUAUUCAACAACAACAACAGCAGCAGGCAGUACCACAGCAGCAGCAGCAACAACAACAGCCCACGCAGCAAAUAAUGCAACAAGUACUCAUCAAACAACAGCACUUGCAACAACGCACACCACCGCCUCAAUCGCCACAACAACAGUUGAUGUUGCAACAGCAAUCACCACAGCAUCACACUCAGCUGCAACAGCAACAACAUUGGUCUCCCCAGAGUCCUGGACCAAAUCAGCUACCGCCAACUACCCCAGGCACACCAACAACCACAAUGGGCAUGCAGUCACCGUUGCCAGGCACACCAACAACACCACAGCAGCAACAGGCGACACAGCCACAAUUUGCAUCACGCGGAUUGCGGCCACAAACACCUUGGCCAGCACAGCAGCAACAGCCACAAUCACAACAGCCGCAACAGCAGCAGCAGCUUGUGUUGCCGCCGCCACAGCAACAACAACGCCAGCUUAUACAAUUGGACGAGCAGACGCAUGCACAAUAUAUAUCCUUAGAGCCGAGCAAGCGUGCGGAGUAUAUCACUAAGCUACAGCAGAGCAAGCCACGUAUGAUGCUGCGCCAACAGGUAGCCUAUCAACCACGUCCGGGCGCGCCCGGCAGCGUGGUAGCAACACGCGGACCAGGACCAACGGGGACGCCGGUGCCCAUAAUUGUGCAAAGCCAAAUGCCAGCUGGACUGACACAGCAGGAGCAACUGAUUUGGCAGCAGCAGAGCACACGUCAGUUGGUGGUGCGUGCAGGUGGGGCGCCUGGCUUGAGCCCAAUUACUCAACAACAGCAGCAGCAACAACAACAAACACAGCAGCAGCCAUUUAAUCCCAAUGAUGCCAAUCAACAAAUGUUGAUGCAACGACAACAGCUACGCGUGCAACAAAUUCCCAUACAACAGGCAGCAGCCAAACAGACAGUUCAGCUAAUCAGCGGUCCCAAUGGCCAGCUUAUUGAACAGCAGACCAUUCUCCAGCAGCCACAGCAACAACAACAGGCACCGCAAACGCCUGGCACUCCCACGACGCCAGGUGCCACACCAAUGGCAGGUGCAGCACCAGGUGCUGGCGGAAUUAUGACACAAACCUUAGUUAUGUCCACAACGCCUGACGGUCAGCAACAGCAGACGCCCCAGCAGAUGAAUCUAAAAACUAAAACUGCUUUGGCCAACAUGCUGAGCAAUCGUUUGGGCAACAAUACUGCACAGUCGCCGCAACAGCAGCUGUUAGCCAUGGGCGAUCCACAGCAACAGCAGAUUGUGCAACAAGUUGUUGUAAGCGGCGCAACUCCACAGCAGCAGCAGCAACAGUUGCUUUUACAACAACAACAACAACAGCAGCAACAGUUGGUGGUUGCACAGCAACAACAGCAGCUGGUCCCACAACAACAUGUGGAGCCACCUUCAGCUGCUGGCGCCUUACGUAUGAUGGGACAACAGCACAAUCAGGCUGUGGGCGUGGCUGGUGCACCUCGUACGCAACAGGAGCUGAUAUUUGUGCUGCAGCAGCAGCAGCAACAGCAGCAAAUACGACGUGUUGUUGGCGUGUCACAACAGCAACAACAACUGCCACAAGGACAUUUAGUGCAGCAGCAAAUUGUAGUGGCUCCACCUCAACAACAACUGCCAGUUGGUGCCGUGCAAAUAGCUGGACCACCGCCACAUGCCUACAUGCAGACACGGCCGGGUCAGCCGCCAAUACCGUUGCCAGCCCGUCCACAGUUCUACGGUCAUAAUCCAAAUCUGAAAUUGCCACAGGAUCUGUUUCUAGUCGGAUGUACCUUUUUCAUUGUGGAAUACGACGAAACCGAUGGCGAUGAGCUCCCCAUUUGGCUGGACACCAUACGUCAAUUUGGCGGCGACAUUGAACGUGUAUAUUGUCCGCGUGUGACGCAUGUGAUCUGCCGCACGCAGCGGCAUGGCAUGGUGAUGCAGGCAUUGCGCGAUGCUAAACGCUGCGUGACUGCUUAUUGGCUAAGCGAUAUUUGUUUGAAGCGUCAACUAAUGCCGCCUUGGCAGCCACUACACUUGCCCUUCCCCAGUCAGUUUGGCUAUCGGAAACCGUUGGAGCGUUACAUCAUAACAUCGGAAGGUUUUGAGGGUGAGGAGGUGAUACGCUUGCAACAAAUGGCGGAGGAAUGCGGCGCCAUUUACACAUCAUAUCUGUCCAAAGUGAAUACGUUGGUCAUUUGCAAGCAGCUGGAGGGCAACAAGUUCAAUGCGGCCAAAGAAUGGAAUAUACCUAUGGUGAAUGCGCAUUGGCUUAGCGAUGUCUGUAUUGGCAAUCUAAGCGGUCUGACGCAGUACGAGAAUCCCAAAUAUCAACAUUAUAAUGUGGUAGUGCCAUUCCGCAUUGAAUGCAAUCUCGUGCCACAUUUGUUGGCUGCCUGGAAAGCGCCGAUUAAUCUAACACAGGAGGCGCACGAGCGCGUUAAGCGUCAUCUAUCCGACCCCAGCGAACAAAAACUCAAGCGUCAAAAGCUAAGCAUCUAUCAGGAGCAGCUGCCCGAGCAAAUUGUCUGCAUUGAAUAUCCACAGGCGACCAAACCACCCAAGGUUAUAUUCUCGCAAGUGGCAGAUGCAGAGGCACUUAAAAAGGCUGUCCUCAUCUUGGGUGGCAUUGUUGUGGACAGUCCCGUGGAUGCCACGCAUUUGGUUAUGACGCGAGAGAGUCGCACGUGCAAGCUGAUACAAGCCUGCUGUCAUGUGGACUAUGUGCUCAAGUCCAGCUGGCUGGUCGACAGCGCCAAGGCGGGCAAAUUUGUCCCACCCGAUGAGUAUCGCAUACAGCAUAUACCGGUCGAUGAGAAUCUGCAGUUUGAUCUAGCCGCUGUGCUGUGUGCACCAACGCGUAGCACAUUGUUUGCUGAAAAAUAUUUCUAUGUAACUCCGGAUGUGUUUCCGGCCCGUGAUGAAAUUUUGCGCAUGAUUGAAUCGUCUGGUGGCAAAGUGGAAGCCAAGCGACGCAGCGGUGCCGAUGUGGCCGAGGCGCAUGUGCGGGCGCCUGACUCAUACUUUAUUGUCACCUGUCCAACGGACAUGCAUAUCUGUGCAGAUUUAACGCGUCAUGGCAAUCCCAAAUGCCAUAUUGUGUCCACAGAGUUUGUGAUGAGUUCAAUACUCAGACAGCAACUUGAAAUUGAGCCGAAUCUAAUACCCUACCUGUACAACAAUAACAUUUCCAAUAGCAACAACAACAACAAAUCCUAGCGAACGGCGUUGUUGUUGUUGGUUAACACCCAAGUCUGUACAAAAGAAUUUAUUAUAUAGUUGUUAAAACUUGAUGCUUGAUUAAUCAGCUUAAGCUCGAAAGUCGAAAAUUGUUAUGACAACUGCACGCAAAUUGUGAGCUGUGAGUGCAAGUCUAGUCUAAGCAUACAAAAUGAUCAUGUUUAGGAAAACCAUAACGCUUAUAUGUAGGCUAACAGUUGGAUCAUUAUCAAGCUUUUUGAUAAAGCCAGAUUUAUUGUACUAUAAAACUAAUAUUUCAUAUGCAAGGGUUUCCACAAAAAACAACUAUAAUGGCCCAAAACAAAGUCAU